AUGGAGUUUUUGGCCUAUUUUCUUUGUUUUUGUGUCGCCUUCUUCAUUUUAAGGCUUAAAUGGAAGACGAGAAGUACAUCGAAGCUACCUCCGGGACCAAAGCCUCUGCCGAUCAUCGAAAAUCUCUUGGAUCUUGGCAACAAGCCUCACAAGUCGCUCGCCGCCAUGGCUAAGGUAUAUGGCCCAAUCAUGACUCAGAAACUUGGACGAGUGACGGUUGUGGUGGUUUCUUCUUCCGCCAUGGCUAAAGAGGUCCUACAAACCAAUGACCACUUUUUGUGCGACAAAGCCAUUCCAGAUUCUCUGAUAGCUCACAAUCAUAACGAAGUCGGACUUCCAUGGAUUCUUGUUUCUCCUCUCUGGAGAAAAUAUCGCAAAAUAUGCAACAAUACUCUGUUCGCCGGAAAAAUUAUGGACGUGAACGAGAAUCUUCGUCGGAGGAAAGUGGAAGAGCUCGUGGAGAUUGUUCGAAAGAGCGCGUCGAAGGGCGAGGUAGUGGAUGUAGGGAUAUUAGCUUUCACGACUACGCUAAAUCUACUCUCGAAUACAAUUUUCUCGGUUGAUUUAGCAGAUCCGAAAUCUGAAUUAGCGAGACAGUUCAAGAAAUACAUGCACGGAUAUUUGGAAGAGGCCGGAAACCCAAAUUUGAGUGAUUAUUUUCCCGUGUUGAGGAAGCUCGACAUUCAAGGGAUGAGGAAGAGGAUGAAGAUUCACAUGGGAAGUCUCUUGAAACUUCUGGACUCAAUGAUGAAACAGAGGAUGAAUCAGCAGGAAUUGGCUCCUGAUUCUGUUCCAAACAACGAUAUGUUGCAUUAUCUUCUCAAGAACGAAGAGAGUGACGCCAAAAUCGAUCAAAAUCAAAUAAUACAUUUAAUUCUCAUAUUGUUCGUAGCCGGCGCCGAUACAACUUCAAUGACAUUGCAAUGGACAAUAACGGAGCUAUUGAGAAAUCCAGAAAAAUUAGCGAAAGCUCAAGUGGAAAUCAGGCAAGUUUUGGGGAAGAACAAACCAGUGGAGGAGGCGGACAUUCCGAGGCUGCCAUAUCUACAAGCAGUAGUGAAGGAAGCUUUACGAUUGCAUCCACCGGCUCCAUUGUUGGUACCUCGUAAGGCGAAACAAGAAGUGGAGAUCGCUGGCUUCACAAUUCCUAAAGAUGCUCAGGUUCUAGUAAAUGCAUGGGCGAUUCGAAGAGAUCCAAUGAUCUGGAUGAAUCCUGAAUCCUUCGAACCAGAGAGGUUUAUGGGAUCAGAAAUUGACGUCAGAGGGUGGAGCUUCGAGAUGAUUCCGUUCGGUGGAGGGAGAAGGAUUUGUCCUGGACUGUCAUUGGCUAUGAGAAUGAUGCAUUUGAUGUUGGGUUCGUUAAUUAGUUUCUUCGAUUGGAAGGUUGAAGAUGGAUUUGAGAUGAACAUGGACCCUAAAUUUGGCGUCAUCGUAGAGAUGGCUCAUCCACUCCGAGCCAUCCCCGUCAUUAAUUGUUUAGAAUAA